AUGGGCAUAUUAUUAACUGGGAAUACCCUGGAAGAGAGCUCACAACAACUGGUAGAGGCCUAUAAGCAAAUUACUGCCCUAGGGACAGAGACAGGCCUUCCUUUCUCAAUAGAGAAAACAGAGAUACAACACUUCUCUAGAAAGCAGCAGCAGCAUCUCCCCACAGUCACUCUACCUGGUAUAGGGGGGAUUAUACCAUCCCUAUAUACACGUUGGUUAGGAGUUCUUCUGGAUACAAAGCUUACUUUUAAAGCCCACAUUAAUUUGGUCUUUAGCCGCGGGAAACGACUCGCCCAGCACCUAAAGAGACUUAGCAAUACCCAGCGCGGCUGCCCAGUGGCCUCCAUGCGGGCAGCAGUUAUACAGCGUGUUCUUCCAACAGCUCUGUACGGGGCAGAAGUCUUCUAUACAGGCAAACAACAAAAAGGGGUAGUUAACUCCCUGCUUUCUCUCUUCCGCACAGCAGCCCUGGCUAUUAUCCCAGCCUACAAGACCACCCCUACUGCAGCACUCCUCCGCGAAGCAGACCUACCAGACCCAGAAGCUCUACUCAACAGCAUCCUCCGGAGGGCAGCAGUGAGAUACAUGAGCCUUGAUACUAAACACCCAAUUGCCCAAAUAGCCGCAGAGACUACCGCGGGCAGGCCCAAAACCAGGCUUAAAAGGAUCCUACAGCUCCUCCUCAGCCCCCUGCCAGAGCGCGCUAUAAUAGAGCUGCCUCUCCCUCUAUUAUGCAUGCUCCCAACAGACAACAAAGGCUACAGCCCUGCCCCUUUACAGAUUUCAGUGUACUCAGAUGGCUCACGGACCAGCCAGGGGGCAGGGUAUGGCUAUGCAAUCUACUUUGGCCCUAUCCUCGUGUCCAAGGGACAUGGUCCCGCGGGCCCCAGGACAGAAGUCUAUGAUGCAGAAAUCAUGGGUGCUGUGGAAGGCCUACGCGCAGCCCUGGGACAACCAUGCGUUGGCUACUCCACCCAGCUAGUUAUCCUCCUAGAUAACCUAGCUGCAGCCUCCCUGCUAGCAAGCUAUAGGCCAACCCCUCACAGACAUGGUCUGUCAGAGACCUUUAGCCAACUAGCCGCCCAGUGGAUGGAAAGCCCUUCAAUCCUAACCAUGCAACGGAAGCCCCUUCAGUGGCUCCGUACAGAGACAUAUACAGCAUAUGCUAAUAAGGCGCCUGAAACCUACAAAGCCCUGAAUAUCAGACCCCAUACAAAAGAAAGCCGCUCCCGCGAGCACAAGCUGCCCCGGUGGGUACUUGGCCGACUCGUCGCCGCUCGUACAGGCCACGGAGACUUUACGGCAUACCACCAGUGUUUUGACCACACAGACUACCUGGAGAGCUGCACCUGCGGCAAGGCAAAGACCCCAGUACACUUCUUCUUUUGCCCAUAUACCAGAAAACGCUGGAAGGAUAGAUGGAGAUGUAUAAAGGAUGGCCCGUCAAAAACAAUAGACUGGCUCUUAAGUACAGCUGCCGGGGCUGAGGAAUUCAGCCGCAUCGUGCAAGAAUCAUCCUUUUUCAAGGACAUAUGCCCGAACUGGGCCCGCCGGAGCGCUUGA